AUGGAAGAACACAAGGGAACAGUCGCAACGCUUGCAGCGCAGGUCAAGCAGUUCAGUGCUUCCAAGACGCCAUUCCGAAUCUACCAUGGCUCUACGUUGUCCACGCGGCACUCGCCUCGCCAGCGCAACCAGAUCAUCGAUGUCAGCUCGCUGAAUCAUGUCCUCAAGUUCAACGAAAUGGAAAAGACGGUUCUCGUCGAGCCCAAUGUGCCGAUGGAUAAGCUUGUGGAAGCUACACUUGCUUGUGGGCUGUUGCCCAAAGUCGUCAUGGAGCUACCCAACAUUACAGUAGGCGGUGGCUUCGCGGGAACCAGUGGGGAGAGCAGCUCAUUCAGGUAUGGUCUUUUCGACCGCACCAUCAGAGGAGCGGAGAUCAUCCUGGGGAACGGGGACGUGGUCUGGGCAUCCGCAGAGGAGCACCGAGAGCUGUUCUUCACGGCAGCCGGGAGUUGCGGCAGUCUCGGCGUCAUCACCCUGCUUGAGAUGGAGCUGGUUGAUGCAAAGAGCUACGUUGAGCUCGAGUACAUUCCAGUCAGCAGUACCGAAGAGGCCGUGGAGCAGCUACGACGGCACCAAGAGCAGCCAGACGUCGCGUACAUGGACGGCAUCCUCUAUUCCUUGACCAACGGCGUGGUUAUGAUCGGACGUCUCAGCAAGCAAAGCCUUCCUGGAGGGAUACAACGAUUCGAUCGCGCAUCAGACCCCUGGUUCUAUAUGCACGCCGAGUCUGUGCUCAAGCAAAGCAGGCAAGAGGGCGCCCAACCCACGACCUACAAAGAGAGCAUCCCCAUCCAAACCUACCUCUUUCGCUACGACCGCGGCGUCUUCUGGUCCGGUCUCCGUGCCUUCAAGUACUUCAUGACGCCUUUCAACGCGCUAACGCGCUAUCUGCUCGACCCGUUCAUGUACAGCCGCACCAUGGUACACGCGUUGCACCGGUCCGGCAUCGCCGCACAGACCAUCAUCCAAGACUUCGCAGUCCCCUACUCGUCGGCGAGGGAGUUUGUGGAGUGGACGGAGGAGAGGACGGGCAUCUGGCCGCUGUGGCUCUGCCCUGUCAAGUGUGCGCCGCGAGAGGAACGUAGCUUCUCGCAGGGCCACCACAUCACCGAGGACCUACUUCUCGACGUGGGGAUCUGGGACAUGGGCCCCAAAGACAGCCAUGCGUUCAUCAAGCUGAACCGCGAGUUUGAACAAAAGGUCACGGAGCUGGGGGGCAUGAAGUGUCUGUAUGCGCACGCGUACUACACGGAGCAAGAGUUUUGGGAUAUCUACGACAAGGACAAGUACGUGGACUUGAGGAAGAAGUACCACGCUGAGAGCUUGCCAACGGUGUAUGACAAGGUCAAGGUCGACCUUCAGGGUGUUGCCGGGGGGCAGGCUGUCAGGAAGAAGGAAGGCUGGGGCGAGUGGGCGCACAGGCGGUUUUGGGGUACUUGGCCGUUGGGGGGGAUCUAUGGGGUUGCGAGUGCGACCAAAGGCCUUUUGGUCAAGAGCGACUUUUUGUUGAAGAAGUAG